CUCAUGCCUGCCCUCCGCUCCUCUCUGCUCUCUCUAUCCGGUUAUGGAGGUCUGCAGCAAAGACAUUUAAACGCGGCUGCGCUCAGAAACACGACAGACCUCCGCACAGCGACGGGACUUAAACUUUACUUUCACCGCACGGUUCAAGAUGCCAGUGGCAGUCGGUCCGUACGGUCAGACACAGCCCAGCUGUUUUGACCGGGUCAAGAUGGGCUUCAUGAUGGGCUUUGCAGUAGGAAUGGCAGCCGGCGCCAUGUUCGGCACCUUCUCCUGUCUCAGAAUCGGCAUGCGAGGCCGGGAGCUGAUGGGAGGAGUAGGAAAGACCAUGAUGCAGAGCGGCGGCACGUUCGGCACCUUCAUGGCGAUCGGCAUGGGCAUCCGCUGCUGAGGAUGAGGAGGAGCGAGGGGGGGUCACCUUCAUCCCUUCAUCUCGCACACACACACCCAUGGGACUUUGAUAAAUUAAUAAUCACCGCUACAGCUCUGUCCGCUCAACGCUAGCACAUUCCCAACCCGGGCUCUAGUUUUGUCAAUAAAGGUUCACGUUUCAAACGGG